GUUGCUUCGACAGACACAUUACCUAAGCACAGCGUACGCACUCUGACAUAGCAACAACAACUUCCGCGUAUAGGUUUCUCGUGCCUUACGAGUUCGCGAGAAUGCCAUGUAAAAUCCUUCUCCUGAUUUGUUAGAGUGACAGAACAGGAUGUCUCAGCCAGCGACGGGGCCGGGUGUAGCUACCGCGGACAGUGCGCCCAAGCCGGCCAGGGUUCGCACUUCCACGCGCGUUUCACAAGCCGUCAAGAGUGGCGUCGUGUAUGGAGGCAGCGCCAUCUUGGGGGCUGUGACAAAUAUUGCACCACACCUCAGCGGUGCUGUGGACAUUUUGGUCGUCGAACAACCCGAUGGCAGCAGGAAAGCAACACCCUUCUAUGUGCGGUUUGGCAAAUAUACGGCCAUGCGCACCCGCGAGCGCGAUGUAAAGCUCUACGUGAAUGGCGAACUCGCUCCCUUCAGCAUGCACAUCGGCAUGUAUGGUCAGGCCUACUUUACGGCAGAGACCGAGGAGGCCCGUGAAGGCGACGAGGACGAGCAGGACGCGCUGCUGGCCGGCAUGAUGUCGCCGCCCUCGGGCUACUCCAGCGGGGCGGAGGGCGCGGAGGCCGGCGCCGGCGGCAGCGCGGCCGCGGGCGAGACACUGGCCGCAGUGCGGCAGCGGAUAGAGGGGGCGGGCGGCGCUGGCGGGGGCAAGGUGUCGCGCAAGGGGACCGGGGCCUCGGACGCAGCUGCCGGCGCUGCCGCUAAUGGCGCCUCGUCACGCGCGUCUGGCCGCACCCCGGUGCCGGCCCUGGGCGCGGCGCCGCCCGGCGCGGCUGUGGCUGCCUCCACCGGGGCCAUCGCGCCCACGCCGCCGGUCAGCCCGCCCGUGGGGUCGGCCUUUGGGCAGCAGGCUGCCGCCUAUACCUCCUCCCCCGCGUCGCUCCUCAAGGCGCCGUCCCUGGCUCCGCUGCUGACCGCCGCCGACCGCAACGAGUCGUUCAUGUCGGCGCGCGAGACGCUGUCGCUGGCCACGCCGCUCGGGGAGGACCUAGUGGCGGCGGCGGCGUCGGCGUCGCCGGGCAUGAUGGCGUCCCGGCCCGCGCACAUGUUCCGACAGAGCCUCCACCCCGGCGGCGGCAGCAGCAGCAGCCUGGCGGCGGUGAGCGAGGACGGCAACGAGGGAGCCAGCCCGCGCGGCUGGUCGGAGGCGGGCUCGGAGCCGGGCGGCGGCGCCGCGGGCAGCAGCGGCGCCGGGCAGCCGGGCGGCGCCAGCCCGCCCUGCCGCAGCCCUUUCGGCAGCCCGCCGGCGCCGGUGGUGCCGGCUCACUUGUCGGGCGCUGCUGGCGACGGGGCGGAUGCCGGCGGCGGCGGCGGCGCUGGGCCGCGUCAGGGCCGGGGCCACGGCGCGGGUGACCACGGCCCCGCGCACCAGCACUGGCCCGCGCCCGGGUCGGCCAUGCACCGUGGCGGCGGCGGCGGAAGCCACCCGCAUCCGCACCCACACCACCAGCCGGCGCAGCAGCCGCAGCACACCCAGUUUGGCUUCCCAGACAACCACCGCUCCCCGGCCUCGGCCGCAGGAGCACAGGGCGCGCCCGGCGGCGGGCGCGCGGGCAGCCAGGGCCGGGAUGGCAGCGCGGUCGGCGGGUCCGCCAUGGGGCCGUACGGCGUUCCCGCGCCGCUGCCGCUGCAGCUGAGCGGCGGCGGUGUGCACAGCUCUCCGCCGGGGCACGGCUCGGGGCAGGCGGUCAUGUGCGCGGCGUGCGGGGCGCUAUCGCCCAGCUCGGCCUGGCCCUCGCCGCCGCCGCCGCAUGGCGGCAUGGCGCUGCCGCCGCUGCCGCACCGGCCCGACGGCCACGGCGUCGCGCACGGGCACCAGCAGCAGUACCAGCAGGGGGCGCGCCUGCAGCCGUCGGUGGACUGGGCAGCGCUGCUCGGGCCAGGGCCAGCGGCAGGGCCAGGGGCAGGGGCGGGGGGCGAAGCGGUGGCGCCUGCUGGGUUGGCAGGCGGCCACACGGGCCCCAAGACCUAUGCCGCGGUCGCUGCCGACCCCCCGCACCCGCACCCUCACCCACACCCGCACCACCCGCACCCGCACCCACACUACCACGCGCCGCCGCCGCCGCCCGCGGAGCUGCCGCGGCCCUACGCCGUGCCCAUCGACCUGGCCUCGCUGCCGCGGCCCGUGCCCGGCCACAUUGCCGCCGCCGGUGCUGCUGGCGCCGGCGACAGCCUGGCCGCCACCACUGCGGAGGGGGCGCUGCCGGGCCACGGCUCCGGCUCGGGCUCCCACGCCGCCGUCAGCCUGCUGUCCACCAGCCUGCGGUCCGCUGGCAGGGCCGCCGGCUCACAUGUGGCGGAUGAUGCGGCGGCGGCGGCGGCGCGCUCGGCGCCGGCUGCCGACGCUGCCGCUGCGGCGGCGCGAGUGGUUGUGUCCAUCCGGGCCCUGCCGGACGGCCGGGUGCGGCUGCAGCUCACCGUGGUGGCGCCGCCGCCCUGGCACCUGCCGCUGCCGCUGCCCACCGCCUUUGCCACGCCGGCACAGCCGCAGCUGCCCGGGCUGCCGCUGGCCCCCGGCUACGGGCACACAGCGGCGCACGCCCACAGCGGCGCGCCGGCGGCGGCGACCGCGGGGCGUGCCGGCUCCGCCCUGCUGGACGGCGCCGCCUCGGUGGCCAGUGACGGCGGCUACCUGGGUGACGGCGAGCGCGGCGACUCGCGGCCGCGGCCGGGAGGGGGCUACGUGGCGGGCGCAGGCGCGGCCGUGGCGGGGCCGCACAGGCAAGGCAUCCCUGUCGGCGCGCACGGCCACUACCAGCACCCACACCCGCACCCGCACCACCAGCCCCACGACCACACGCAGCACGCAGUCCACCGCGACUUUGGCAUCGCUGCGGCCGCGGGCGCCGCCGGCGUUGGCAUCAAGCUGGGGGCGCUUGCAGCGGACGACGCGUCCGCGUUCCCGCACUCUGCAUCCGCGCCGCUGCCGGUCAGCGCGUUGGACGCGGCUGCGGCCGCGGCGGCGGCGGCCGGCGGCGCCGCGGGCCGCGAAGGCGGCGCAGUGGGCCGGACCAUUACUGGCAUGGGCGUCGGCAUGGGCAGCGGCAUGCAACGCGUGUCAUCACAGGCGCAGCUGCCGGCCGCUGACGUCGCAGUCCCGGGCGCCGCGGCUACGCAUGCCACAGCGCUGCUGCCGCAGCCGUCUCCGCCGGCGUCCUCGCCGCUGCCGCAGCCGGCGGCGGUGCUGGAGCUGUCGCUGUGCGGCCGGCUGCUGACGCCGCAGCUGCCGUACCCGGUGGUGGCGGCGCUGUUCGACGGCCAGCGCUUGUCGGAGGAGGCGUUUGCGGCGCAGGGCGGCGCGCUGCUGUCCAGCCCAGACCUGGCGGUACGACUGGGGGCCACCGGCGCCAUCUACACCUGGCAGGCGCUGUCGGCGGCGCUGGUGGGGCUGCUGGCGUACGGCACGUGCCGCGUGCCGCCGGACACGCCCUGCUGGGUGCCGCCGGCGCUGGAGGGCGCCGUGGGAGCCGUGGGAGCAGGUGCAGGUGUCGGCGCUGGCGGAGCGGGUGGGGAUGUGUCUGGGGCCAUGGCCGCGGCCGUGGCGUCGCUGCUGGCGACUGCGGUCGGGGGAAGGGACGGCGCCUUGCCAGGCGGGCCGGGCGGCAUGGGCAUGGGCAUGGGCGGGCUUAACAGCGCCACCGCCACACCGAAGAAGGGCGCCCCCGGCGCCGUCGCCACCAGCAGCGGCGGCAGCUGGCGGCUGUGGCCCUUCGGCACCCGACGCGACCCGAACGGCCGCACCUCCGCCACGGGGGCGGCGCCGGUGGUGCCCGCUGGCAGCGUCAGCUUCGCCGCCGGCUCCCCGCCGCUGAGCAGCCCCCUGGCACUGCGGCAGGGCUCCUCCGGCGCCGCCGGCUUCGCGACCUACUCGGCGCCACUGCCGCGCCAGGCGUCGUCGGGGCUGGGCGCCGGCGAGGAGGGCGAGGACAAGGGGCUGGUGGCGGCCACGGCCUCGCGCGACAUGCUGGGCGCGCGCGGCAGCGGCAGCCGGCGUGUGCGGGAGGACGGCGUGGCGCUCAUCACCAAGAAGAGCCUCACGCCGGCGCCGGAGCAGCUGGCGGCGCUGCCUCUGCGGCACGGCCAGAACACCAUCUCCUACAAGAUCGGCAGCGCCGAGCUCAAGGCGUACGUGUACUACCUGCCCUGGCGCACCAAGAUCGUCAUCUCAGACAUCGACGGCACCAUCACCAAGUCGGACGUGCUGGGCCACCUGCUGCCCGCCAUGGGACUGGACUGGAGCCACCCCGGCAUCGCGCAGCUGCUCACCAACAUCCGCCAGAACAACUACCUGAUCAUGUACCUGUCCUCUCGCUCCAUCGGCCAGGCCAACAUCACGCGCGACUUCAUCAACAGCCUGGUGCAGGGCGAGCACCGCAUGCCGCUGGGGCCGGUCAUCAUCUCGCCGCACGGCCUGCUGCCCUCGCUGUACAGGGAGAUGAUCCUGCGGCGGCCGCACGAGUUCAAGAUCGCCACCCUGCAGGACAUCCGCGCGCUGUUCCCGCCCGACUGGAACCCCUUCUACGCCGGCUUUGGCAACCGCGACACAGACGAGAUCAGCUAUAAGGAGGUGGGCAUGCAGCCCAAGCGCAUCUUCAUCAUCAACCCGCGCGGCGAGCUGCGGCAGCCCGCCGACACCGCCGCCGACCCCGCCAUCGCCGCCGCCCUGUCCACCAUCAGUGCCGCAGCCGCAGUGGCCGUGGCCGCAUCCGCCGCCUCGGCACCGGUUCUGGCCACCGCCGCCUCCGGCGCCUCCGCCGCCACCAUUCCCCACUCCUUGUCCAGCGCGCUGCCCUCGGCCGUCUCCGAGCCGCCGCCCGCCACCGACUCGACCGCGGCGGCCAGCACCAGCGGCGGCGCCGCCCACCCCGCGCCUGAGCGGCAGGCCUCGGACGUGUCCGCCCUGACCUCGAGCACCCCCGACCUCGCCGCCGUGUCCGCACCCGUGCUGGGCAGCAGCGCCACGCCGGCGCCGCCGGUGCGCAGUGCCACCGUGCCCGCGCGCGGCAGCCGGGCCGCGGCCGCCGACGGCAAGGCCGCGGUGGCGGCGCUGUCGCUGUCCGCCAUCAAUGACCUGGUGCACGACCUGUUCCCGCCGCUGCGCGACGGCGAGCCUGCGCCGUCGUCGUCAGCCGGCUCCACCGCGGCGUCGGAGCAGGGCCACCUGGAGGGCGAGGAGCAGGAGGCGGAGGGCGAGGAGCAGGAGGCAGCGGGGGAGGAGGCUGAGGAGGAGGCGGAGGAGGAGGCUGAGGAGGAGGCGGAGGAGGAGGCGGAGGAGGGGGAAGCAAAGCCGGCGGCCGCAGCGGACAGAUUCAAGGGCCCCAGCAGCCGCCCAGCGGCCCCAGCUGGUCCUGCAGAGACUACCAGUAGUCAGGGGAAGGGGAAGAACGGUGAAGCUAGCAACGGCUCUGCAGCGGCAGGAGCGGCGGCAACGGCUGGGUCGGAGGGCGAGCACCGCGGCGAUGGUGCUGCGGCGGCGCGGCUGCAUGGCGCGGCCAAAGGAAAAGCUCGACGGCAGCAGGCGGCAGGAGCGAAGGGAGGUGCCGGCGGCAAGGCCGGGGCGCCGGAAGCGGACUAAGCCAAGUGAUGCGGAGUGCUUUUGUGGCUGGGUGACAGGAGCGAGCAGCACCGGAUGCAGACGCAUCGAGGGGCUUUCGACGAGGGUUGCACGAGUGAGGGUUGUGAUUUGCGAUGCAAAUCUCAAGUGAGGGGUGGUGAUUCUUUAUGGGUAGACCCAGGCAGGGCUUGUGCGGACCGACUUGAGGACUUCCGCUCAGUUGCCCACUGCUUGGAUGGCGCUGAGAGUAGGGGCAUGCAUGAGAGGAGGCUAGGUAGGAUAUGUAUGGUACAGUUUGAUCGUCAUGUGACACAAGCAAGCGGUGACGCCGUGACAGGGUCUGAGGCAGCAAGGCUGAAGAGCAGUGUACGGCAACACUGGGCGUGUUAUAGGCAAUACUCAGGAGGGCAAGAGCGGGAAUCCGAUUGCUGUAUGCCUUAUUCUAAUGUAUAUAGAUGCGACUUCCGGCCACUUGGUGCGGUCGCCCUGAGUUUCCAGUAUGCGGGUGUCAUUGCGGUCGGGAGGGCGGGGAUGUGUGUCUCGGCACCCCGUCUCGGCAGUGUCGACAGUGCGCGCAGCGCUGAAGACAUGCAUGUGCACCGACCGUGUCAAGGACAUGAGCUGGAGAGGUAAUGAAGUGUGUGCGCAUGCGGGGAAAUGAGCAACCGGCGCCGAAUACGCAUUCGCCUUCAUGAUGCUUUUUUCGGUCCUCACCCCAGUCGGUCAUUGUGUGACGCGUGAGCUCAACAACAAUAACAUUUACGCUGACUUCUAUCAUAAUCACGACUUGACACAGCGAAAAAGCAACGCCACUGGCGCUUCUCACAUCUCGCGUACUCACCACGAAGUACUCUCUUGCGGGGUUCACCAUUACAUGCGGUGUAUGUGCAAACAGACUAAUGGAACACUAUCAA